CCUCCCACCACCCAGUCCCUGGCGGCGAUGAGACAGAGCGGCGCCUCCCAGCCCCUGCUGAUCAACAUGUACCUGCCAGAUCCCGUCGGAGACGGUCUCUUCAAGGAUGGGAAGAGCCCGGGGUGGGGGCCGCUGAGCCCGGCGGUACAGAAAGGCAGCGGGCAGAUCCAGCUGUGGCAGUUUCUGCUGGAGCUACUGGCGGACCGCGCCAACGCCGGCUGCAUCGCGUGGGAGGGUGGCCACGGCGAGUUCAAGCUCACGGACCCAGACGAAGUGGCUCGGCGCUGGGGCGAGCGCAAAAGCAAGCCCAACAUGAACUACGACAAGCUGAGCCGCGCGCUGCGCUACUACUACGACAAGAACAUCAUGAGCAAGGUGCACGGUGCUACGCUGCUUCUGGACUCCAGGGUUUGCCCAGGCUCGUUACAGCUGCCGCUGCGCACGCCCACGUUGCCGGGCGUUGCCGCGGCCGCGGCCGCCGCCGCCGCCGCCCAGGACGGCGCGCUUCAUUAGUGCCGCUGCCAGCCGGCCUCGGCCCCGCUGCCCUUCCCCGGCUGUUUCUCCAAACUCAACCCACAUGGCUGCCUGGCCGGAGUCGCGCCCGCCGAGCCCUACUGGCCCGGCCCGGCCCCUGCCGCCACCGCCGCCGCCACCGCCGCAUUUACCUGA